AUGCUUACUGCUCUGACUAAUAUUUGGACUUGUGUACUAACUUAUUCCAGAUCAGGAGAAUCAGAGAUCUCAGGACUCAUGGUUAAUGAUGUAGUGUGCACCGAGUCUGAUAGAAGUAGGACAAGGCCAAAUUCUCCUGUUGUGGAGGCUCAAGUUUGGGAUGCUCUUAAAUUGGAUUCUGAGGGCCCACUGCCAACUGCAUCAGUGCUGCAAGAUAUGUCAAAUGGAAUUGCAGAAAAAAGGGAUUACCCUGGUUUAAUGCCUUCCAAAGGCAAGUUUUACCUCAAUUACAUGCACUUAUAA